AUGAACUCGCUCAAUUAUUUGUCGCGGCACUUUGACGCUGCUCUAACUAGCGCCAAAACUCCGCCAUCGACACCGACAACCGAGUACCCGCCAUCGCAGUUCCUCCAAAAUAAAUCUUCGAGUUCCGGGACAUCGUCAGCCUUACCCCGCGUCCAGACAUGGUCGACCAAGUCUUUCUUAUUUGCAUCACGGCCAAGCAGCUCGCUAACUGCCCGCCCCAAACGCUCAUUGUCAUCUCCAGCCGACUUCAUCACCCUGGCGUCGUUGCAGGCACAAUCCCCAGCGACCACUACCACCUCGCUCUCUCUCGAAACACCCCCCGUAGGAACAAGCAUUGAGCCCAUCCAUAGGACAUUUCUCAUGAGAAUAUUGGUUUUGGCGUGGAAUACGUUGCGUGCUGCGUGGGCGUCACUGGCGGCCAGAACUGGGUUAGUUCAAAGUAGAAGUGCAGUUAUCCAAGUGGCAGAAAAGGAAGAAGAGGAAGGGCAGUCGACUGUCGAGGCAGACACUAAUGCUGGACUAUAUAUGGCGCCUAAACACGCGCCAGCAGCGGCUACGAAUGCAUUGCCGACACCACCGCCUAUGGUGACGACUGAUCCCAGCGCGUCGCGUUCUUCCACCCCAACAACAACUCGAAAAACACCCUUUCACUUGCCGAAAACGCUGGUCCUCGAUCUCGAUGAAACUCUCAUUCACUCCACCUCCCGACCUUUGCCGAGCACAAGGUCAGGCUUCUUUGGUCUGGGCGGAAACAAGAGUUCAGGCCGGAUGGUUGAAGUCGUUUUGGGUGGCCACACUACUCUCUAUCACGUCUACAAACGGCCCUUUGCUGACUUUUUCUUGCGAACGGUCUCUGGGUGGUACACUCUCGUUAUCUUCACCGCAUCGAUGCAGGAAUAUGCCGAUCCCAUAAUCGACUGGCUUGAUGCCGGAAGGGGAAUUCUGGCUCAUCGGUUAUUUCGAGAUUCUUGCACGCAGCUGCCCAAUGGCUCUUACACCAAGGACUUGUCUGUCGUCGACUCGGACCUGUCGCGUGUCUGUCUCAUCGAUAACUCACCUAUCAGCUACCGCGUCAAUGAGGCCAAUGGCAUCCCGAUAGAGGGUUGGACACAUGACCCUUCAGACGAGGCUUUGCUCGAUCUCCUUCCCUUCUUGGACUCGCUACGGUUUACGUCUGAUGUCCGGCGUGUGCUCGGUCUGCGGACUGCUGGUGGAUUCUCAUAG